AUGGCUUCAUCACCAACUGUUCGCGAUGUUCACCAGCUUCUUCAGCUCUUGGAAGUGACCACUCAGGCAGUGCGCACUGUCAUCAACGAGUGGUCAAAGAUUCCCAGUGCGGGAGACAAAGUUGAUGACCAGGAUAAAAGGAAGACCGAGACCCAGAUUCCCACUCGGGAGCUUUUUGAGGCCAAGCGCACGCUCAUUUCUGCUACGGGCAAGUUUGUCGAGCUCGUUGCAACCCCCAGUGAGCGUAUUCUCGAGGUUUCUUCCCAAUACAAUGAAUCUCGGUGUCUUCACAUUGCUGUUGGACUCCAAGUAGCCGAUAUCUUGGCCAAAGCCGGAGACAUGGGUGUUCCAGUUGAUCAGCUAAGUGACGCGGUGGGCAUUGAGGCUCAAAAGCUGUCCCGAGUCAUGAGAUGUCUCUGUUCAAUCCAUAUCUUCAAAGAAGUGCGAGAGGAUUGUUUCGCCAAUAACAGAAUUUCUGCUUCUCUUAUACACAAUGAGGCACUUCGUGCCUAUGUUAUGAUGUUCUCCUUCGAUCUCUACAGCGCUUCGGAUGCGCUGCCUCGAGCCCUGCUCGACCCCAAGUUGGGACCGUCAUACUCAGUCAAGGAAACUGCAUUUCAGAAGGCCGCUAACACAACUUCUGAGCGAUGGAUCUGGCUGGAAGAAGAGGUCAAAGUAGCGGAGCUGCAGAGUGGCUCCGACUCCGCGUAUCCUGGGCCCUUCGGUCCGGAGCUGACACAGGCAGUUGGCUCAAAGUCUCCGGAAACCCUGGUAAAACGACCAGAACAUGCCGUUUUUGGUCUGGCCAUGGUCGGUGGCGGUCGGGUGUUUGGUGUCGCCCAUUUGUUCGAUUAUCCUUGGAAAAGCCUAGGUGAGGCACUCGUGGUAGAUGUUGGAGGUGGUGUUGGUGGCUUCUGCCUGGAACUAUCACAUCUUUACCCAGACCUCAAAUUCAUUGUCCAAGAUCGGCCUCCAGCUCUAGAGCAGGCAAAGACCGAAAUUUGGCCACAAAAAAACCCCCGUGCAGUGAAAGAAGGCCGAGUUACCUUCAUGCCGCAUGACUUCUUUGACGAGAACCCAGUCAAAGGAGCUGAUGUAUAUUGGCUCCGCUAUAUUUUGCAUGACUGGUCCGAUGAAUACUGCAUCCAGAUUCUGAGUGGUAUACGCAAGAGUAUGAGUUCCAAAUCGCGACUUCUCAUUUGCGAUCAGGUCAUGAAUACCACACUUGGAUUUGAAGGGAUAUCUUCAGCCCCGGAACCAUUGCCGGCGAACUAUGGAUAUUUUGCACGGUACAGCCAUCAGAGAGACAUCACCAUGAUGAGUAUCAUCAACGGUAUCGAGAGGACUCCGGCCCAGUUUGAACGGAUCAUUAAUCUGGCAGGACUCUCUUUGAGUAAGAUCUACGACUGCCGGAGUCAGGUUUCUCUGGUGAUGUGUGAACUGCCGAAAGCUGGGAAAUGA